AUGUCAGAUGCACAAAUCAUGACUGCCUUGACCGGUGCACUCGCCGGGUCAGCAGUCUUGCGCCCCGGUAGCAGCGAGUUUGAAAAAGACAACGGCUCCUACUUUAGCGCCUUCGAAAAUGAGAUCAAGCCCUCAUUCAUCGCCAAGCCAGCUACUGUGAAGCAAGUUCAGGACCUGAUCCGGGCCCUCCGUCCCUAUCUUCUCGACGGAUCAUGUCAGGUGGCUGUUCGCGGCACCGGCCACACGCCGUUUGCUGGCAGCGCUAACAUUCAGAAUGGCGUUACCAUCGAUACGAGAGGUCUCAAAGGAAUUAAUCUUGGGGACGACACCGUCGAAGUUGGCUCCGGAGAGACCUGGGAGACUGUGUAUAAGGAGCUGGAAAACCACGGGUUGACUACCGCGGGCGGGCGUGUCGGGCGUGUCGGUGUUGCUGGACUAGUUCUAGGCGGUGGCCUCUCCAUGUUUUCUGGUAAGACUGGUUUCGCCUGUGACUCGGUACUUGAGUUUGAAAUUGUUCUCGCAUCCGGGGAAGUGGUCCGGGCAAAUGCGGAAGCGAACUCAGACCUCUGGAUUGCCCUUCGGGGUGGUCUAAACAACUUCGGUAUCGUUACCUCUCUGAAGUUGCGCACAUUCAAGUCUGAAAGUAUUUGGGGUGGCGUCACAUAUUACAUGCCCGAGACCUUCUCCCAGCUUGUCCGCGGUGCUUGCGACUUUGCCUUGAACGAGAAAGACCAAGAUGCUCAUGUCAUGGCCAGUGCUGGCUACGGGUUCGGCCACCAGGUCGUAACCUGUGUGAUGUAUCACGUACAGGGCAAAGAAAAUCCACCUUCCCUAGAGCGCUUUACAACAAUGGAGCCGCAGAUCAAGCAAAUGAGUACGAUGCGGACAUCAACGCACCUCGGUUUCUGCGAUGAGUUGUCCAAGUUCUCUAGUGAUGGCCUACGACAGUAUUGGGCUUCAAUUACGAUCAAACCCGAUAUACCUCUGAUGGAAGCAUUCUACCAAAGAUGGCAGGAGACCCUGUCCAGAGUGAAGGAUUCGGAGGGAUUUAUCUUCUCGUUCGGAUUCCACCCCAUUACCAAAGCUCUUCUAGAAGAGUCGCAAAAGGCAGGCGGUAACGCGAUGGAUAUUCCUCCGUCUGAUGGACCCCUCUUUGUUGUCCUGAUCAAUCCUGCAUGGAAGCUGGCCGACGAUGAUACACGUAUCUUCGCAGAAGUUGAAAGCCUUGUUAAAGAGCUGAGGAGGCUGGCUCGCGAUAAGGGUCUGCUGCAUCGCUAUAUUUUCACCAACUACGGGUACUCAAAAGAUGAUGUCAUAGCAGGCUACGGAGAUGAGAGUGUGUCCAAACUCAAGGCCACAAGCGAAAAGUACGAUCCCGAAGGAUUGUUCCAGAAGGGGGUCCCAGGUGGAUUCAAACUGACGGCCUGA